UCUGUUUUUGUUAGUGACAAUGAAGCUGACUUGAUCAGCAAAGUAGCCUCAGAUGUCACGGCUGUGUUGGGCUUUACACCAUCAAAAGACUUAGAUAUAAAAUCGAAGUUCAUCCUACAAUCAGAACAAGUUAAGAUGAUUGUGCUUGUGGGUCCUGCCGGGAUUGGGAAGACGACCACUGCAAGAGUUUUAUACAACCAACUCUCUCCUGGUUUUCCGUUUAGCACUGUUUUGGAGAAUAUCAGAGGAAAUUAUGAGAAGCCUUGUGGUAACGACUAUCAGUUGAAGUUGCGUUUGCAGAAAAAAUUGUUGUCUCAACUAUUCAACCAAAAGGAUAUUGAGGUUCAUCACUUAGGAGAGGCUCAACAAAUGCUGAGUGGCAAAAAGGUGUUGGUUGUUCUUGAUGAAGUGGAUAGCUUGUGGCAACUAGAGGAAAUGGCAAAGCAGCUUGGAUGGUUUGGUCACGGAAGUAUUAUUAUCAUUACAACUGAAGAUAGAAAACUUGUCAAGCAACUCAGACUAGGGAUUGACCAUAUCUACGAGAUGAAAUUUCCAACUUCAACCGAGCCUAUGCAGAUCUUCUGCCAAUAUGCUUUCGGUCAAAAGUCUCCAGAUUAUGGUUUUGAAAUGCUUGCUUGGGAAGUUACUGGACUUGCUGGUGAUUUUCAUCUUCCUCUAGGCCUGAAAGUCAUGGGAUCGUAUUUACGAGGAAUGUCCAGGAAUGAAUGGAUAGAUGCACUACCAAGGCUCAAGUCUAGCCUUGACAGAGAAAUUGAAUCUACUCUAAGAUUCAGCUACGAGGGGUUAAGUGAUAACGAUAAAGCUCUUUUCCUGCAUAUUGCAUGUUUCUUUGGUUAUUUCAAGGUUGAUAGCGUUAAGAGAUGUCUUGAAAAAAGCGGUUUGGAUGUCAACCACGGGCUUCAAGUCUUAGCUGACAAAUCUCUUAUAUUUAUAGACAGGGGAUGGGUAAAGAUGCAUAGUUUGCUGCAACAAAUGGGUAGAGAAAUUGUCAAGAAUCAGUCUUUGGAGGAGCCCGGAAAGCGACAGUUCUUGUGGAAUAUACCAGAAAUUAUUGAAUUACUUGAAGAAAAUACUGGUACUGGAAAAGUUCUAGGCAUAAUGUUGGAUACUUCAGAGGGCGGGGAAAUCCAAAUAAGUAAAAGUGCUUUCGAGGGGAUGAAUAAUCUCCAGUUCCUAAGAGUCUACUCUUCUGAUAUUCUAAAAUUCUCCCCUAAUAUUCCAGCAGUCUACUCUGGUACCUUAUGCAUACCCGACGGCCUCAACUGCCUUCCCGACAAACUCAGAUUGAUAAAUUGGUAUAGAUGUCCAUUGAGAUUUUGGCCUUCCAAGUUCUCUGGCAAGUUUCUUGUCGAACUAAUCAUGCAAAAUAACAUUUUUGAGAAUCUUUGGGAGGGAAUCCAACCUCUCCAAUGCCUCAAGCUGUUGGAUUUAAGUCUCUCGAGGUAUCUAAAAAGGAUUCCAGAUCUCUCAAAAGCAACGAGUCUAGAGAAAUUGGAUCUCCAUGGCUGCGAAAGUUUGUUGGAGCUCACAAGCUCUAUUGACAGUGCCACUAAGCUUACAAUAUGCAACCUUAGCAACUGCAGGCUUUUGAAGGAGCUCCCCUCUUCUAUAAGUAGGUUAAUCAAUCUCGAGGAAUUAAACCUCAGUGAUUGCUCGAGUUUGAAAGAAUUCAGUGGUUGCUCGAGUUUGGAAAAACUCAGUGGUUGUUUGAGUUUGAAAGAACUCAAUCUGAGCUUUACUGUGAUAAUGGAAGUGCCAUCAUCAAUGAGAACUUGGCCUUGUUUUUAUCAAUUGGAUAUGGCAGGGUGUAGCAGCCUCAAGGAGUUCCCAAACGUUCCAGACAGCAUUGUAGCGUUGGUGUUGUGCGGUACAUUGAUAGAAGAGGUUCCUCCAUGGAUUGAGAAUCUAUUUCGUCUGCGUAAACUAAUCAUGUACGGAAGCAAGAGGCUGAAAAGGGUUUUUAGUAAUUAAACCCCUCAACUAAAGAUGAAUCGUAAAAAAAACCCUCAACU